CUCCGUUCCCCCGGAGCAGCUCCGCGUCCCUCCGGCCCCGCCCCGGCACGGCACGGCGGGAUGCAGCAUCUCCAGCACCGGGACGGAUCCCUGCUGCAAUGAGGUUUGAGUCUUGACAUGAAGACACUGACAAGAAGAUCUGCAGAGAGUGUGUACUUCAGCCCUAAUUAUCUCUGUUAGAAGCUAAGCUUGACUAAAGAUCAAAGUCAAGAGACAAAGAUGGCCAUCUGUUGGAAGAACUGCUUCUUCACUCUCAUAUUGCUUCCCAUGGUUACAGCAACACAUUCUAACUGCAUAAUUAAAAAGGAGCAAGAAACCUGUCUGGAGAAAAUACGGAGGGCAGCUGCUUUGAACCCUCUUAAUGACUCUUCUCCAGGUUGCCCAGGAAUGUGGGACAACAUUACAUGCUGGAAACCUGCAAGUGUGGGUGAAAUUGUCUUUGUCAAGUGUCCUGCUCUGUUCAGAUUUAUCAUCUCUGAAGACGGUUGGGAAGUAGACAACUUGGGGCAAACUCAUGCAGGUGAUUAUGACCUGCUGGAAAGCACAGCCGAGACUCCCCUAGGUGACAUCAGCAGAAAUUGCACUGAAGAUGGCUGGUCUGAACCUUUUCCUCAUUAUUAUGAUGCCUGUGGCUUUGAUGAAAAUGAAACAGAGUCAGACAACCAGGAUUACUACUAUCUAUCCGUGAAGGCGCUGUACACAGUUGGAUACAGCACGUCCCUCGUUUCCCUCACCACUGCCAUGGUGAUCCUGUGCCGUUUCAGGAAGCUUCACUGCACUCGGAACUUUAUCCACAUGAACCUCUUUGUUUCAUUCAUCCUACGUGCAAUAUCAGUAUUCAUUAAAGAUGGAGUUCUUUAUGCUGAGCAAGAUGGCAACCACUGUUUUAUCUCCACUGUGGAGUGCAAAGCAGUGAUGGUGUUUUUUCACUACUGUGUCAUGUCCAACUACUUCUGGCUUUUCAUUGAGGGGCUGUACCUUUUCACAUUACUGGUAGAAACCUUCUUCCCAGAGAGGAGGUAUUUCUACUGGUACACCAUUAUUGGCUGGGGCACCCCGACAAUUUGUGUCACUGUCUGGGCAGUGCUGAGGCUUCACUUUGAUGAUACUGGCUGCUGGGACAUGAAUGACAACACUGCCUUGUGGUGGGUGAUCAAGGGUCCUGUGGUUGGGUCAAUCAUGAUAAACUUUGUGCUUUUUAUUGGCAUCAUUGUGAUACUUGUGCAGAAACUCCAGUCACCUGACAUUGGAGGCAAUGAAUCCAGCAUUUAUUUGAGAUUGGCUCGCUCUACACUACUGCUUAUCCCCUUGUUUGGAAUUCACUACACGGUGUUUGCUUUUUCUCCGGAAAAUGUCAGUAAGCGGGAGAGACUAGUGUUUGAAUUGGGACUGGGAUCUUUCCAGGGUUUUGUUGUUGCUGUUCUCUAUUGUUUCUUGAACGGGGAGUUUCUCCCUAAAGGUGCAAUCAGAAAUAAAGAGAAAAUGGAGGAGCUGGAAAGUCAACCGGUAUUUUGCUGUGGAUUUCAAACAUCGUCAUCCUUCUCUAGCGAGCAGCGGAGUGAACGGGGGGACACAACUCUCCAUUCUGAGCAAGAGCAGCUCUCAGAUUCGGAUGUCCAGCAUAAAUGCGGAGAAUCUAGCGACAUGAGCAGCUAAGGAAAACAAAUCAAUCAACAAGCAAACCAAAAACCAUCACUUUAAAAAGAAAACAAAACAAAAAAAAAAAAACA